AUAUCACUGGAACUAAAUGAGACCUUUCUCAACAGCUCUUUGAAAAGUAGCAGCAGCCUUUUCAGACUUCAAUAUCUUCGUCACCUAAACCUUAGCAGUUGCAAUCUCCAUGGAGAGAUUUCUUCUUCAUUAGUGGAGGUUGAUUGAAAAUAAGUGGUACAAAAUUAAAAAAAUCGCAUGUAUUUAUAUGGUGGUUAAGAAUGGAAGCAGACAGAGAAAAGAGACAUUCUAGUUCCUGAACAUUUGACCCCCCUAUUAGAGGAGAUGGAACAGGUUUUGGUUCUGAUUAUCAUUUUGUUGAGCUUGGCUUCAUCCGGAAGAUGCAGCGAUGUUUAUAGCAGGAACGACUUCCCGAAGGGCUUCGUCUUCGGAUCAGCCGUUUCUGCUUUUCAGUGGGAAGGUGCUGUUGAUGAAGACGGAAGAAUGCCUAGCAUUUGGGAUACAUACGUUCACUCUAGUGAUGGACCUACCGGAGAUAUAGCAUGUGAUGGGUAUCACAAAUAUAAGGAGGACGUAAGGCUGAUGUAUAACAUGGGUUUAGAUGCAUUCCGACUCUCUAUCUCGUGGCCGCGGCUUAUACCAAGUGGAAGAGGUCCUGUAAAUCCAAAGGGGUUACGCUUCUACAAAGACCUCAUAGAUGAGCUCAUAAGACACGGUGUUGAACCGCAUGUCACUUUGUAUCACAAUGAUCUACCUCAGGUUCUUGAAGAUGAAUACGGAGGAUGGAUUGACAAGAAAAUCAUCGAUGACUUCACGGCUUUUGCAGACGUUUGCUUCAGAGAGUUUGGCGACAAAGUGAAAUCCUGGUGGACAAUUAAUGAUCCCAAUAUGCUAGCUUGGGGAGGUUACGACUUGGGAGUUUUCCCUCCUAUGCAUUGUUCACCUCCAUUUGGGAUAGGCAACUGCUCCAGAGGAAACUCUUCAACUGAACCAUAUAUUGCACUCCAUAACAUGUUGCUUGCACAUGCAUCUACCGCAAGAUUGUAUAAGCAAACGUAUAAGGAUAAGCAGCAUGGAUCUGUAGGUAUAACUUUAUUUGCAUACUGGAUGGUUCCCUUCACUAGCUCUGAAGAGGACAAGAUCGCAACUCAAAGAGCCAAAGAUUUCUUCUUAGCUUGGGUGUUGCACCCGUUGGUGUUUGGGGACUAUCCUGAUGUGAUGAAGAGAACCGCGGGCGAGAGGUUACCAAGCUUUUCGAAAGAAGAAUCAGAACUCGUUAAAGGCUCAUCCGAUUUCUUGGGACUCAUUCACUAUACAGCAAUGUACGCGGCACACUUAUCUACUAGUAUCCACGCAGGAGAUUUUAAUUCAGACAUGAAUGCUUUACUACUACCCUUUGGGAAUUCUACACUGUUCAAGUUUGAUGUGCUUCCAUGGGGUCUUGAAGGAGUGUUGGAAUACAUAAAGCAGAACUAUGGCAAUCCUCCUGUCUACAUUCUUGAAAAUGGUACACCAACUAACCAACAUUCAUCUCUUAACGACAUCGGAAGAGUUGAAUACCUUCAUGCGUAUAUUGCUGCUGUGCUCAGUUCAGUGAGGAAUGGGUCAGAUAUAAGAGGCUAUUUCCAGUGGUCGUUCAUGGAUUUGUACGAGUUUAUCGAUCCCAAUUACACAUAUGGAUUGUACUAUGUGAAUUUUAGCGAUCCAGAACGUGCAAGAUCUCCAAAAACCUCUGCUCUUUGGUAUACUGCUCUUCUCCAAGGAUCAACCGUUAGUUCACAAAAGCUAAAGAGCCUCUCCGUGUCUUCUUCUCCUGCUCUUUCUUUUCAGUAAAAUAGAAAAUAGACUCGGAUAUACGUAGAUAAGGCAAAAUGUUGCAUGUAUGAUGUACUUAUAUAGUGUGGGCUUCGUCGCCUAAAGGAUGUAUAGACUU